AUGCCGACGAACGGAAACCUCACAAAGGGUACUAUCCUAAUUACAGGCUUAAAUGGGUAUCUGGCUGGCCGAACGGCUGAGCUCCUGCUGCAAGAAGGAUAUCGAGUUCGUGGCACCGUUCGCAACAAAUUAGCAGGCCAGAAAGUGAAGGUCGCCCUUUGUCGCCUAGGUUAUUCUGCAGAUGAUAUCGAGGUGAUACAGAUCUCUGACAUAUGCCAACCCGAGCCUCUCGAGCUUGCCGCCGAUGGAUGUUGUUCAAUUUUCCACCUUGCCUCACCCAUUGCUGAUAUAUGGACGCUUCCUCCUACAGAAGUGGUCCGGAUAGCUGUAGACAGCACGGCGAACGUUUUAAGUGCAGCCAUGAAGCACGCUCGUACUAUGAACAGCGUUGUACUUAUGUCAUCAGCUGCAGCCUUGUUCAACCUCCCAUUAGAGAGUCGACUCUAUACAGAGAGCGACUGGAAUACCACAUCUAAAGAGAUCGUUGAUCGAGAUGGAGAUGAAGCGGGAGGUUUUCAUGCUUAUCUCGCUAGCAAGACAGCCGCUGAAAAGUUAUUCUGGAAAUUCAGAGAUGACCACCGCCCAACGUUCGGGAUGACGGCUCUCCAGCCUACAUAUUUCGUGGGGCCACCGCUUAUUCCCUGGAAAAGUCCAGGGCAUAUUCCGUACUCCAAUAGUGACUUCUGGAAAGUUGUUUCAGGAGAGGAAGUGCCCGGCCCGAUGAUGCUCUAUGGCGAUACAGUCGACAUAAGAGAUGUUGCACGAAUGUUGUUGUGGUCAGCUCAGAACCCUCAGAAGGCUGAUGGGGAACGUUUUGCGUGCUCUUCAGCCGCUGGGUGCGGUCAGGCUAUUGCCGACAUAUUAAGGAGAGACAUGCCUUCGCUAAAGGUACAGCAAGGACUACCCGGAAAGGGGUACUCACCAGACUACAAGCCUAGGGCCGGUACGUUCGGGUUCGACUCUAGCAAAGCCGUAUCAGCUACGGGUAGGGACUGGAUUUCAUACGAGCAGAGCGUUUUAGAUCUCGCGCAGUUUUUACAGCGGUAUCUCUCAUGA